GAUGUCUUGAUAUUCAACGGGGUUUUCGGUAGAUGAAUGUAAGCCGUAACGGGACUUACACGUAACGAAAACCACGCUCUCGCUGCCUUAACCGGAGUUGAGAAUAUAUUAGCGACAUCGUAUUCAUAAUUAUUGGGAAAGAACUAUUAUUAAACAACUACUAAAGCAUUUAGGUGAAUCCUGAUUGCCUUAGUAAUUCUCAUUCUUGUUUAAACCAAUCUCAAAGAGCAAAGUUCCUGGAAAAAAAUAUAUCAUUUACAUUCUUUGCAUUCAAUACUCGACUUUAUAAUAUCAACCAUUUCCCUGUGGAUCGACCCGGUAUUUACCGGUAUUUUAUUACUACAUCGGCACUUGUAUACUUGCAAGUUUAGCCCGAUCAAGUUUUUGGCGCCGUUGCCGGGGAAAGACGGCUCGUUAUUAUAGAGUUAAAACAACCAAACAAAAUCCUGAAAUUUUUAUUUCCCAUUGCUUUUCACUUGUUCUUAGGUACUUUUCAUUUCAUGUGUGUAGACUAUCCUUUGUGUUUGAAUGCAUUUGAGAAGUCAAGGUUCUAAACAUCUUGAACCUCUUGAUCUUGAAAUAGAAAGAACUUUCAAACACAACCGGAAGGAAAGAAAGGCGAAGAUGAUGCCAACACUCAAUGAAAGGAAGAGGCCCGUGGUUGCCGCCACUCCCUCAUGCAUUGUCCUAAGCAUUCAACUUUCGGUAGUCAAUGCACAUCCUCCACCCGGUAACCAUUCUAGUAGGAAUUAAUUCAUUCUUACUAUUGGUUAUAACGGUGAUUUAAUAGCUAUGCUUGAUCGGGCUAUUCAAACAUUUUUAUUACUACAUCGGGACUUUGAAAUGAAAAAUAGCUACUUCAAUGCUAUGCCUCAAUUUCAUGGUCUUCCGGGGGAGAAUCCACUUAACUUCAUCACCGAGUUCUAUGGAUUCAUUCAAGGAAUCCCGAGGCAUGGUCUCACCGAGGAUGAUCUUAAACUCAAAAGCUUUCCCUAUACUUUGAAAGGGGCGGCAAGGAUGUGGUUCUUGGAGCAAACACCGGCAAUUUUCACAACGUGGGAAGGUAUCUAUAAUGCUUUCAUUUCCAAGUAUUAUACACCCACGAUGACUCAAGAGCUAAGGCAACGAAUCUUCAACUUCAAACAACAAGUUGGAGAACUAUUCCAAGACGCAUGGAGGCGUUUCAAAGCCUUGUUGAAGGAAUGCCCUCAUCACCGCAUUCCUCUUGAUCUUCAAAUUGAUACAUUCUACAAUGGUUUGAACUCUUCAUGUCAAACCAUUGUAGAUAACCGUGCGGAGGGCUAUAUUGGCAACAAAACUGAAACGGAGGCUUUGAGAAUCCUUGAAUCCAUUGCUUCCAAUCCUCAACUACAAGGAGGAGAUGUCAAAUUAGCCGGUGUGAGUGAGGUGUCCAUAGCUCAUGAAUUGGACAAGCGGUUUGCUGAUUUUCAACAAGCUAUGUACAAAGAUCUUCAAGCCUUUAUUCAUACGGCUCUUCAAGCCGUAAUUGGAGGAGCUAGUCAAGUAGCAAGUGUGGAGAAUAUUGCACAACCGGAAGGUAAUUCACCUCAAACUCUUGAAGAUGUGAAUUAUAUGAACUCUUACGGGAAUAGGGGGUACCAAGGAGGCAACAAUUAUUCCAACAAUCAACAAAGGUUUAACCAAGGUAAACCACAAGGAGGUCCUUCUUACCCCUCAUCCGGGUUUACACAUGGGCACAAAGAGCAAACAAUGGAGGAGAUGAUGAAGACUCUCACUCAAAAUGUUGUGGCUAGUGUAAAAGCCCAAAAUGAGGAGAAUCAUAGUAGAGUGGAGGCAUCCAUUGGGAAUCUCCACUCACAAUUCACCAAGCUUGACCUCCAGUUUGAAGAUCAAAACAGGAAACUUCACCAACGCAUGGACAACUGAUAAGUCCGUAUUUAGACACGCAUUUGAUGCGUGUUCGAGUCGGAUUUUGAUGAUUUUCCUGGCUUUAAGGCGUUGCAAGUCUCAAUUUUGGCUCAAGUUGUGUUUAACAGGCGUUGGAUCGAGUUUCAUUGCAUUUGGAGUUGAUUUGAAGAAGUUAGAGUCUGGCAAUCGGCGCUUGAGAGAUAUUCGGGAAGGAUUUGAAGGCAUUCGAGAGAGAUUUGGAAGAUUUGGAGGCCACCGGGAGAUUCACGACGAAAUUCUAGUGAAGAAAAAGCAUUUGGAUCAACCUCGUAGGCAUCCGGGAGCAUUCGGAGCAAGAAAACGAAAGAAAAAUGAAGAAUAGGGUCAGGCACAGUCGUGCCUGGAGUUAGGCACGCCGUGCCUGAAGAAGAAUCAUCCUGGGAGCUACUGGAGGCCAGGCACGAUCGUGCCUGGCAGCUAGGCACGCCGUGCCUGGCAUUGAUCGAGGAACCACGCUACUGGAGGCCAGGCACGAUCGUGCCUGGUAGUCAGGCACGCCGUGCCUGGACGCGAAUUACGGGCAUCGGUCGCAGGCACGGUCGCAGGCACGAUCGUGUCUGGCACCGUGCCUGGCCGCGAUUUGUCCUAAUUCGACCCGAAUUCACUGUUUUCUAUAAAUAAGGCCUCCAUAACCCCGUUUUUGGGGUUACGAACUUUGGAGAGAGGCCUAGGGACGAGUUUAUCUGCGUUUUUUACGUUGUUUAAUCUAAGAACCUGGGAUUCUUGGUAAGUUCAAUUCUUUAAUUAAUGACAAUUAUUUCUAUUCAUCCCAAUUCUGUUGAUUCGUCAAUUAUGAGGCGUGAGUAGUUUAAUUAGGGAUUUGGGGUUGAUGAAGGGGUUAAUAAUGAUUGAUGGCUAGAUGCUUGUCGGUUUAAUUGCAUGAAUGCCGUUUAAUUUGUGUUUGAAUAAUUUAAUUGAUAUCUUUUGUAACCUAGAAUCGCGACUAGAAUUACAAUUGCAUGUAGAAUAAAUUAAGAGAGAUCUAAUUUGUUCUAGGACACAUUCACACACACUUAAUCGUUCGCUAAGAGAUUAGUAGCGAUUAAGGGGCCGUAAGCUCGUUCGUUUUGACAAUAAUUUAGGAUCUUGUCGCAUGAGAGAUCAGCCUGGACCCCUAAAUUAUUGUACUCUACGCCGCGAGAGCGGUAAGAACUUAGUAAUGAUUAGCUAGGCUCAAUUAAAUUAAAUUCAUGUAAUUAGGCCUGUUCUGCCAGAAAUCUGGUUAACCCCGGAAUCAAUUCCUGUUCCCUUCGUCGUUAAUUAAGGAAAACCAAAUCUUUUUAUUCGCUCAUUAGCAUUAGUUUUAGUUUAAUCAAUCAACCAAUCUCGCACAAUUGCACUUUUAUUUUAUUUAUUUCUUUCUAAUCGCUAAGUUUAGUUAAUCUUUAUUUCCCUUUUGUCCGUCCCUGUGGAGACGAUACUCGUACUUUACACCACUUUUCUACAACCAUUUUAAGUGCGAGAAAACUCACAUCAGUUUUUGGCGCCGUUGCCGGGGACGGUGUCGGAUUUAAGGGUUAAUUAAUUUUAGCGACUUGUUUUUAGUUUUUCGUAGGAUUUUUGUCUACUAACCUUGCAGGUCAGAUCUGUUUAUGCAUACACGCUCUAAGAAGGGAGAAUCACUAGUCCCUCUUAAUCCUGAGAUCGAGAAGCUAGCUAAGCAGAACCGCAAGGCCUUGAGAGAACAGAAAGCAACCAUGGAUCAACCAUCCGCAUCUGGAAUAGCUGGGACGUCUGAGGUCCAAACCACUUCUGGUAAUCUGGAUUUUUAUGUUCAUACCUCUCCCCAGUCUUCACAAGAAAAUUCACCUAGAGCUUAUCUGGGGUAUCAAAAUCUCCGUACCCCAUUCUUCCACCAAAAUCAGUCCACUCCACAACUAAAUCUUCCACCACUCUAUCAGCUCUUUCAAAACACUUCUAUUGCUCCCGAAACCACUUUUCAAAACCAAACCUUUGGGAUGCAAGGUCUAGGGCAAAACAAUCCAGUCUUUCAGCCCAGACAGAACCAACCGCUAGUCACACAAAAUCCACCCCCUACUCAGCCACAAAAUCAGCCCUUCCAACCCAAAUAUCAACAAUUCCAUCAAACCCAACCUCAGCCAAAUAUCAUCCGUCCACAACCCAUAAGACCACAACCAGUUCAUCAGCCGAGAUAUCAAGCUCCUCCUUACCACAACUAUGUUCCACAUGACAAUCCACUCUAUCAAGGAGAGAGCAUUGCAGACUUCCUAGCCCCCGAGAUCACAGAGUAUGACAGCAUUCAGGUACCGGGGAUUACUGCACCCCGUUACGAGAUCAAGCCGGCGGUGAUCAAUAUGGUCCUAAAUAAUCAGUUCGGAGGGAGUCCUACGGAAGAUCCAGUGGCACACAUUACCAAAUUUCUGAGGAUGUGCCAGACUUUCAAGAUUCCUGGGCUAGAUGACGAUCAGGUACGGAUGCUAUUAUUCCCUUUCUCCUUAAGGGAUGACGCGCAAAGGUGGUUGGAUAACAAUCCACAUCACCACAUUCAGACUUGGGAUCAGCUGCACAAGGCCUUCAUCAAAGAAUACUUCCCAACAUCAAAGGCCAUAAAGUUGAAGAAGCAGCUACAGGAAUUCAAGCAAGGUUCUUUGGAGACAUUAGCUGAGGCGUGGAAGAGGUUCAAGGUGCUGAGAAGAGCUUGCCCUCAAGGCAAGAUGACUGAUUGUGAGGUUCUAUCCUGCUUCUACAGUGGACUCAACAAUGAAGGAAAGAUGAUGCUUGAUGCUUCGGGAGGUGGAGCUUUUCCUCAGUUGCCAUCUGAGGUUGCGGAAGAAUUAGUGGAGAAGAUUGUGUCGAAUAAUGCUUCAUGGUACAGUUCUCGGGACACACCUCACCAAAAGGCCCCGGGAUUGUACGAGAUUAGUGAGAAUUCCGCCCUUUCUGCAAGGGUAGAUGCUUUGACCAGUAUGAUUCAGAAGCUUGCUACUACAGUGGAAGACAAUCAGAAGAAGACGGAACUUGCUCUCUCGGUGCCCAGUGUAAAUAUGGUAGCCCCCGUUCCUAUUAGUCCCUCUUGUACUAUGUGUGGGGGACUCCAUUCGCCACAUGAAUGCACAAUGAUGGCACACUCGGCAGCCCCUGGAGUAGAGCAAGUGGAUGCGAUGUAUUAUCAGCGACAGGGUUACUAUAAUCAGCCCUACGGACAGCAGCAGCAAGGGCAAUACAGGCAGGGAAAUCAGCAGCAGUCUAGAAACUUUAAUCAGCCCCAGGUACCUCAAGGCCAACAACAAGCACCUCAGCCGGCGGGAUACUUCCAGAUCCCCAUAGCCCCCGAGGACCAGGAUAAGACCACUUUUACAUGUCCAUUCGGUACCUUUGCUUAUCGGAGGAUGGCGUUUGGAUUAUGUAAUGCCCCUGCUACCUUUAUGAGAUGCAUGCUUGCUAUUUUUGGGGAUUUCAUUGGGAAGUUUAUGGAGGUUUUCAUGGAUGACUUUUCUGUGUAUGGUGAUACUUUUGGUGAGUGCUUAGAGAAUUUGAAGAAAGUCCUGGUUAGGUGUCGAGAGGUGAAUUUGGUACUUAACUGGGAGAAGUGCCACUUCAUGGUUAGUGAGGGAGUGGUCCUAGGGCAUAAGAUUUCAAGUAGGGGGAUUGAGGUUGAUCCGGCUAAGGUUGAUGUGAUUUCUAAACUACCUCCCCCUACUUCGGUCCGUGCCAUUAGGAGUUUUCUGGGCCACGCAGGUUUUUACCGUAGGUUCAUCCAAGACUUUUCUAAGAUAGCCCGACCCAUGACUAAGCUCCUUGAGAAGGAUGCACCGUUUGACUUCUCAAAGGAGUGUUUAGAGGCUUUUGAGUGUUUGAAGGAGAAACUGGUCAAGGCACCGGUGGUAGUAGCUCCUGACUGUUCUUUGCCUUUUGAGAUUAUGUGUGAUGCUAGUGAUUUUGCAGUAGGAGCCGUUCUUGGGCAGCGUCGAGAGAAACAUUUUCAGCCUAUUUCUUAUGCUUCUAAGACUCUCGAUAGUGCCCAAGAAAACUACACUACCACCGAGAAAGAAUUGCUUGCUGUUGUAUUUGCUCUUGACAAGUUUCGUCCUUAUUUGAUUUUGUCUAAGGUAGUGAUAUUCACUGAUCAUUCUGCUCUUAAAUAUUUGAUGCAAAAAGUGGAUGCUAAGCCUAGAUUGAUUCGGUGGAUAUUACUACUCCAGGAGUUUGAUAUUGAGAUUAGGGAUAAGAAAGGGGCUGAGAAUUUAGCGGCUGAUCACUUGAGUAGGUUAGAAAACCCCUUUCUUGAUUCCCUAAGUGAGAGAGAUAUUGAGGGUACUUUUCCUGAUGAGAGACUGUUGAGGAUCGUUGAUGAGGUGCCUUGGUUUUCUGACAUCGCCAACUAUCUUGUUGGGGGUGUUGUUCCUUCUGAUUAUACACCUCAUCAACGAAGGAAAUUUUUUGCUGAUUUGAAGUACUAUUUCUGGGAGGAACCAUAUUUGUUUCGUAUUUGUGCUGAUCAGGUUGUUAGAAGAUGUGUUCCCCUGAGUGAGGGAGUUGAGAUUCUCAAACAUUGUCACUCCGGACCGACUGGGGGACACUAUUCUUUUAACCGGACAGCUCGUAAGGUGUUGGAAUGUGGUUUCUUCUGGCCCACGUUGUUUAAAGAUGCUCUAACGUUUGUGCAGGAAUGUGACAGGUGUCAACGCACCGGGCCGGUUACCAAGAGGGAUGAGAUGCCCCAGAAUUUUAUAUUGGCUUGUGAGGUAUUUGAUGUUUGGGGCAUUGACUUCAUGGGACCGUUCCCGGGUUCUAAAGGUAAUAAAUUCAUUCUGGUUGUUGUGGAUUAUGUCUCUAAGUGGGUUGAGGCUGAAGCUCUACCCACAAAUGAUGCUAGAGUUGUGAUUCGUUUUCUGAAGAAGUUGUUUUCUAGGUUUGGAGUGCCACGAGUUUUGAUAAGUGACAGGGGUACUCACUUUAGGAAUGAUCCGAUGACUCGCCUUUUGGCAAAGUAUGGGGUCACUCAUAAAGGGGGCGUCCCUUAUCACCCUCAAACUAGUGGCCAAGUUGAGAAUUCGAAUAGGGACAUUAAGACCAUCCUCGAGAAGACUGUUGAGACCCAUAGGAAGGAUUGGUCUGAUAAGCUAGAUGAUGCGCUGUGGGCACUGCGUACAGCGUAUAAGACACCCAUUGGCACUACUCCGUUUCACUUGGUUUAUGGGAAGGUGUGCCACCUUCCGGUAGAGAUAGAGCAUAAGGCAUACUGGGCCUUGAAAAUGUUGAAUAAGGAUUUGUCUUUGGCGGGUCGUGAACGGCUUUGGAAGCUCAACGAGUUGGACGAGUGGAGGCUUAUGGCCUAUGAGAACUCUAAAAUUAGUAAGGAGCGUACCAAAGCCUAUCAUGAUCGGCACAUUAAGCAGGGAAAAGAGUUUUGUAAGGGGGAUCAAGUUCUGCUAUUCAAUCCCCGAAUGAAAAUUUUCAAAGGAAAGUUGAAGUCUAGGUGGUCUGGCCCUUUUGUAGUAAGCGAAGUUUUUCCGUAUGGAACUGUCGAGAUUGAUCAUCCUGAGAAGGGCCGUUUUAAAGUUAACGGCCAUCACCUGAAGAAAUACUACGGAGGACCGCUAGAACGCGAGCGUGAGGUGACCUUUGUCACGAAUUUGGAAAGAUGAGUGCGUAGUUGCGUCGGGCAAACGACGUUAAACAUAGCGCUUCUCGGGAGGCAACCCGAGCUUAAUUUGUUUUUACUUAAGUUUAGUUUUGUUGCUUUUCAAAAAAAACCCACAAAAACCACAAAAAAAAAAAAAAAAAAAAAACGUUUUUUGUCAGGCACGGUCGUGCCUGGGCAGGCACGCCGUGCCUGCAGAAGGGGAAAUUCACGCGAAGCUACUGCCUCCCAGACACGAUCGUGUCUGGCUGGAGGCACGAUCGUGCCUGGGGCGCGAAGGGAACAUAGCCCACUGCCUCCCAGACACGAUCGUGUCUGGCCUAGGCACGAUCGUGCCUGGGCAAUUUUACGCAAAUACCCCGCAAAUUAAAACAACAACACCCAGCCCCUUCCUCCCUCCCUCUUACGCGACCAAACAGCACCCCCCUCGAUCCUUCUUCUUCUCCCUCGGCUUCUACGUCAAGACCCCCGCGAACCACCACCGAAGCCCGCCGCGACCCACCAGCGACCACCGGCGACCGCCACACCAACCGGCGACCCCUCCCCAUCUUCUCUCUCUUCUCUAAUCGGCUAGCAAGGUACCUUCUUCUUCCCUUCUCCUUCUUCCACCAUUAAUGGAGGUCUUUCAAAGCUUUGAAAAUUUCGAAUUUGCAUGUGCUCAAAUCUUAGGGAUUGUGCUUUCUUUGUGUUAAUUGAGGCUUGAAUUGAUGUUAUUGAUGUUCUUUGUUGAUGAAUUUGCCUCUUUUGAUUGAAAUCCCUAAUUUUUGAGCUAAUUUAGCCAAUUUAGGGUUGAAAAUUGAUGAAUGUGAGAAAAAUUUGGGGAUUUCGUGCUUGUUGCUUGAAUUAAGAAUUGAAUUGUUGAUUGUGAUGUUGAAACCUUGUUGUUGAGUCCAUUUGAGCAUAAAUCCCCAAAUUUUAGGCCAAACUUUGUCUAAAUUGCGAAUUGAGUUCUUCCCUACUUUAGUUAUCUCUCUAAUUCUUUUGUGCUUGUGAUGAAUACGCUUUCUUGUGACCUUGUUUAUACCGUGUGUCGUUUAAAAUUUGAACUUUUAUUCAAAGAACUUUUCUUUGAUAAAAAUUCAAACUUUUCAACUAUUCUGGUUAGACUUGGGUUUGUGCUACUAUGAUAAUAUUUUUGCCUGAGUAAGUGCUGACGGGGCCAUUGCUGUACUUUGAAAAUUUGUUCUAACAUUUGGAAGCCCCGUUGGAAUUCUUGUUUUGAUUUGUUUUGACAGAUGGCACCAAGGCAGAAGCACACUAGGGGUGGAGGUGCCGGCUCUAGCCGAGGCAACACCAGCCGGUACCAGCCGAGGUUCCCGCAACUGCGGGACGAACUGAAGCAUACGGAGCUGCUGCAAAAGCCUAUGGGCACAUUUUACUUCCCGGAUGAGGACUCUCUCACGGCAGCAGGAGUGAGAGAUGACGUGAUGUUCCUUUUGAGACGAGGGUGGUGGCGACACCUAUUUUUUGGGAUCCGUGAUAUCACAUAUAGAGAGAUUACUUGUGAGGUAUUGGCCACAUUCAAGAUGCCGAAGGUUAUCCCUAUUGAUGACAACCAUAGGCCCGUCAUCAAGUUCCGGGCAUUCGAGGAGGAUCAUGCCAUCUCCAUGGCGGAGGUGCGCUAUCAUUUGGGCUUUACGGGGAUUGAGGAUGACGGCCAGCACGAGGCUUCUUUGACAGACUUCCCCCCAGGCGUCAACCGCCAGGCAUUCUGGGAGUCGAUCACGAGAGAUGGCGGGACUUAUACACCGAAGAAGUCCCCUAGCACCCUACUUUACCCCCGCCAGUACCGCAUUAUACACGCACUCCUUUCCUCCACCAUCACCGGCAAGGCCGAGGUUGCCGGUAAGGUCACUCAGACGGACCUCUUCUGCUUAUAUUGUAUGAUCCACAACCGCAAGCCCCACAUGGACUAUCUCAUAGCCAAACUCCUCCACCGCCAAGCCACGAACCACAUCAAGGCCAUCUUUGUAGGCCCAUUCAUUACGCGACUGUUGACUGGGAUGGGGUUCGGGGACCGCUUUCAGAGGAUGGAGGAGAGCUCCAGUUUUGCUGCUUUGACCCGGCUCCCCGAGGUCAACACUGACGUGGCGAGGAGGAGGACACAGCAGGCAGCACCAGCAGGAGGAGGAGGACAGCGAGCUGAUGAUGAUGAUGAUGAUGACGUUGAUGAGGAUGAUGAGGUAGAGAUGGAGGAGGCUGCUCACGAGGCUUCAUACGAUGCACCCCCCUACGGCACAGCAUUUCCGGAUUCUUGGGCGGGGAUGCAUGAGCAUCAGGAUGCCGUCUAUCGGCAGUUGUCUGCGGAGCAGCAUGAGCGGUUCGAUCAGAUGCGCUUCGAGCAGCAGGACUUUUACAGAGAGAUGCGGGAGGACCAGGCACUCCACUAUUCACAGCUCCAGUCUCAGUAUACCCGGAUUGAUGAGAGACUCACCUCUAUGGAGACUAGCCGGAGUUCAUUCUUCGAUGCCUAUCCACCGCCACCCCCUCCUGAGUUUUAGAUUUCAUUAGAUUGUCCUCUGCUAGCAUCUGUAUCAUGAUAUUGUUGGAUGACUGUACCGUAAACACUAUCACACUCACACUCUCACUCUUUCACAUUAACUCUUUAUUGUGUGCUUUGUUUUGUGUUCAUGAUGUGUGCAGCUUAGUGGAUGAAUGUGUUCGUGCGAAUCAAGACCC